GUAAUUCGCUAUUCCGGCGAAAAAUACUUGACCGGCAUUCAAACUCUAGACGAUAUAGUUGCGGAAAAUGAUGAUUUAGGAUUAACCGCAAUCCUUGAAAACGCUCUAUCCAAUUGCCAAGAGAUCCCAUUCAUGGCCAUUGACAGUGAAGGGUCAAGUGAAAAGAUAGAGGGAAAGUACUGUUAUGUAUUACGUCUUUACGGUUCUCUCAUUAAUGGCCAAAAAGCGGUGGUAACACUUCUAGGCAUUCGAGUUUUCUUUGAUGUACGCGUUCCAGAUGGAGAGUCUUCAGUUGAAUGUGAAGCGAGAGUGAGAGAUAUUCUUCUUUCUGCUAAAGUAGAGACUCGGAAAAUUGAGCAUAUUAAAGCUUUCCCUUUUCGUGGCUACUAUACAGAAAAAAAGUCAUAUUUACGGAUUUAUACAAGUGGUACUGGUAAAAGAAAGAUAGCCAUGAAAGCUGUUCAAGAUAAUAAUUUCGAAACUGCAUCAGAUGAUUUAUACUCAUUUCAUCGUAAGGUAGCUCGAGAGAAUGGAAUCCAACUCUCUGGAUGGUCUAUGGAUCUUACAAGAAUAAGUGACCGCUUUCCGAUUUUAGCACUUACAAGAGAUCGUACUCUCGUCCUUACAUGGGAUAUAGAAACUCAAUCGCAAGAGUUAGGCGAAUUUGCAGAAGUCCUCGAUCUGAAUCAUAAUGUCUUUAUGAUUUGUAUGACAUUGCAUUGGAAAGAUGAUCCAAAAUCGCUAAAACAAAUAUGUCUUGUCGAUGUUGAGGUAGAACCAGAUCCACGAUGGAUCACAAUUGUAUGUGGAAACCAGGUGAAUUUGCUGAAAGCGUUUGCCCUCUGCUGGCGAGCAUUUGCUCCUGGCAUUCAUGCUGGGUUUAACGAUUCAGAUUAUGAUUGGCGGUUUAUAAUGGAAAGGGCCUACCAUCUCAACAUACUCGAAUGGAUGUGGGAGCGAAUGACGGGAAAGUUUGAGACAAAAGAAGAAAUUAUAAAGUGGAAAUAUCGUGGAAAGAUAGGAGCGAAAUCUGAAAAUGAUUUCAUGAAAAAGUAUCCUGUUAAGGCUCCUGAGGAAGGGGAGGAGGACCCGGAGGUGAAAGAUUAUAUGGGUGGUCCAAUUAAGAUCAAAAUAAGUGCGGAAGAUGAUUUUACUUCUAGCUUCCUCAAAAUCCCAGGAUGUGUACCGAUCGACGUCCGAGUGUGCCUCUUAAAACGUUUUCCCAAGGCUGAAGUCGAUAAGAAAGGUUCACUUAAAUUUUUCUUAAAAAAGUGUGGUCUUGACAGUAAGGCCGACAUGCCAUACGAAAAAAUGUGGAAAAUCUAUUCAGAGGCAAAAAAAAGCCCCUCCUCAACAACCGCGAGAAAUAUGCGUGAAAGAAGUUGCCUCCAUAGCUUAUGUUUCCCUUUUCGACGCACACUAUCGCGCAAAUGGAAUGAAGGUACAAACCUUCUCGGUGCAUAUGCUGUUAAACGAGAUAUGGUAAUAAGCACAAGGGUUCCUGAAAAUAUAGAAAAAGGGAAAUAUCCAGGAGCGUACGUAUUUCCACCUAAAAAAGGGAUUGAAAAUAGAAGACCUGUAACGGGAUUGGAUUUUGCUUCAUUAUAUCCCAGUAUUAUCAUGGCAUAUAACCUCUCCCCGGAAAAAUUCAUAUUUGAUCCAAAGGAUGCCGAUAUUGCGCAAAAUAAUGGAAAUGACUUGCAUAAGAUUGAAUUUAAAUUCAAUGAGCGUAACGUCCAAGCUUGGUGCGUCCGCCAUGAUAGCCAAAUGGAAAAGAAAGGCCUAUAUCCGAUCGUAUUGGAGGAUUUAUUUAACAAGAGGCUGGAGCUUAAAGCACGCCUGGCCCUAUUAGGAAAGAAAAAGCAACAACUUGGGAAGAUGAUAAGUUCAGCUAAAGAAAGAGGCAAAAAGAUUCCGGAAAGCUUAAAUUUAGAAUACUCAUCUGUCUGCUUCGAUUACGAUUAUUGGGAUUUGAAGCAAAAAGCUUUAAAGGUAUAUAUGAACACUUUUUAUGGAGAAGCAGGAAACUCACUAUCUCCAAUCUUUCUCCGCGAAUUAGCCUGUGGAACAACUACGGCAGGAAAAUACAAUCUAAAUCUUGUUGCCGAAUUUGUAUCAAGGAAAGGGUUUGGAAUAAAGUACGGAAAUACCGACUCCUUAUAUCUCACUUGCCCAGAUUCCUGUUAUGAGAAAUGCGAUCUGGCUUAUAAUGAUGGGAAGGGAGAAAUAUCUAAACUAGAGUAUUGGACCGAAAUGGUCAAAAUAACUAUGAAUGUGAUGAAAAAAUUGCGCGAUCAAGUAAAUGCUUAUCUUAGGAUAAAAAGUGAAACAUCUUAUCUAAAGAUGGCAUACGAAGAGGUAUUAUUUCCCGUCUGCUUUACCGGUAAAAAGAAGUACUUUGGGGUUGGGCAUGAAGAUGUAGUAAACUUUAAGCCGAAAACCCUUUUCAAGAAAGGAAUAGAUACCGUAAAGCAAGGUAAAUCCCAGCUUCUCAAAUUCAUCGGAGAGAAGAUUAUGAGAGAGGCUAUGGAUAUUAAUAAUACGCGCCCAAUUCACGAAAUUGUUAAGGAUACUCUUAGAGAAGCAGGAAACAAGAAAUGGGAUUUCAAUGAAUUUAUUGUGAUGGGAACAUGGAGGCCUAAAAAAGAAAAUCUCUGCAACAAUCGCUUUAUGAAACGUAUGAGAGAGAGGAAUGAGAGGAUUCCCGAUCCUGGUGAACAGUUUAGCUAUGUCCUUGUGAAGGGUCCCCGUCUUCGCAAUGAGAAAGGCCGGUUAAUACCGUAUAGAGUUGGGGAUUAUAUGGAGUAUCCUCACAUAGCAAAAGAUCAAAACAUGGAAAUAGAUAUCAAUUAUUAUUUACUCACUACAGUUGCAAUGUGCACACGCUUUAUCAAUGAAGACGAUAUGUUCCAACCACCCCCAUCUCAUAAAAUAAUGCAGAUCAAGGAUCCAGAUGUGAGAGAAAAAAAGAUCGACAAACACUCCCAGGACGAGGCUUACAUAGGCUUCAAACCAAAUGAAAUUCGCCUCCCGAUCACAGAAGAGGAUAGGUGGUUAUUUAGUAAGAUAAUAGCAGAUCAGGAAGGAAUGGCAGAUAUCGUAAUGGAUGACUAUCGAUUUUUAUUACAGCAUGGACAUAAUGGUAAGGGUGGUGACCUGAUCCAUAUUGGCUGGUUAUUAGCAUGUACAAUGGCCCAAGCUAAAAAAGUCUUAAUAAAUCCGCCCAGAGAUUUACCAGAAAAGGUAUUAGCUCAUACCAAGAAAAGAUUCGAAGAAGUUCCACUUGCGCCAGUACUUAUACGGUAG